UUUCCGGCCCCGCUGGCAUAGGACGUGAGCGGGCACCAAAUGUGCCUAUCGUUCUCCUUCCCUCUCCUUCACCCAAAGGAAAAGCUCGACAACAAGAAUCGACGCCCUCCAAAAGCCCCAUCAUCGUACCGGCGUAUCCCAAUGGCAUUACCAGCCCCACACAGGCCACUUCCGCAGACGUAUUUGGGGAUGUCAGAUCUACCCCGCCAAACCCCAAAUCCCGGAAGACAUCUCGUUACCUCUACCACUCCGUGAAACCCCCCAAAUUGAUCGAAGUCGGCAGAUGCGUGCUGAAGCGUCAGAACGAAGACGGAACAGUAUCGAUCAUCGGCGGCAGAGAAGUACCAGUAUUGGGAAGUCUGGUGGAAUCAUCACGCCUCAUCCCACUGUGGAGCCGAAACAGUAUCAUCGGCACAUAUCAGCUGAGAUACCUCCUCCUCAACGGAUGCGACAGCUAUUAGUGUGGACAUCAAGUUAUGCGCACUCGCAAGCUUCUUCAUCUUCGAAACGUUCAUUACCUGUAUUGAGCGCGGAAUCGACGCGGAUUUUGCGGAGGGUACAGGAUGCAGUCAUUCGGCAGCUCGCAGAUGGCUCGAUUAACACGAGCGUGUAUUCCACAAAAGGGAAGGAAGGUCGUUCACAGCCAUUGAAGUCAAAUCCACGAAAUAUAAAGAAUCAAGAACGAUUGCAGAAAUGGGGGGAUAAUAUUGCACGGGCAAAAGCGGAGGGGGAAGUAUGGCAGGACAUUCUGAAGUCAGCCAACGAGUAUCUUUCCCAGACGCGAGUUGCAUCACAAUCAAGGAAAGAACCGACGUUAGCUGAUUGGCUGCAUCAUCUUGAUGAGCGAUGGCGGGCUAGUGCUGAGCUUGCUGAACGGACGUUGCAAGCGUCUUCAUCCAUCGACGAGGGUGAGGAUGUGCGGUUACAAGAGAUGCUCCAGGAAAUCCAUCAUGAUGUUGACACCCUCCAUUCUGAUGUGAACACGAUGUCCGAAGUUACCCGCCGAGUAGACGCCUUUCUUUCCAAAUACUUCUCCGCGAUUUCCCUCAACAUCGAUAGCCGGGGCACACGAACCGGUGCCCCUAGUGCUAUGGAUGUCAUCACUACCAUUCAACCCCCAUCUUCGAUUUCUGACGACCUUUAUCACGUGGACAACGAAAGUAAUUCACGGGACAUGUUCGGGGCCUUACGGGCACUGAGUAGGUUAGAGCCUGGAGAAAGCAGAAGCGAGAAGUCAAAUGCUGUGAUGAGAGCUGUAAAUGAACUCGAAGGGGGAGUGACGAGGAAGAUAACGGCUGUGCCCCAAACGCCUGGCCGGACACCUAGAAAAGCUUCUACACCUGGGCGGAAGAGAUGAGAUGGACAGGGUAGGGACGCUUGGGAAGAAGGAUGGGGUAUUGUGCUGUGGUGGAGUGUGCUCACUAGCAUUGCUUCGAUUGGGGCAGCGCUGAAUUGAUGAAUGGGAUGAUCGUUCGGGAGAUGAAGGGCUGUACUCUCUUUGUAUACCCGGAUCCCGGGCAGUAUCCCUAACGUGCCAUAGCCACUUGGCGGCUGU